AUGUGUUACUUCCUUUCCCAACACGUGGCCAACAAGCUUUCCAGUGAGGAGGCGGUGAAGAGAGUUUUAGCUGGGGAGAAGGGGGAUCCAAGAGGAAGGGCCCCUCGAACCUCCAAGGUGUCUGAAUCUGACAGUAAGAAUAUGAAGGAAGAAUACUCCAGAAGCCAGGAGGUUAGAAGAAGCUCUGGUGCGAGCUCAGAGCGGAGACCGAAGGAGGAACCGAAAGAAGACAGCAAGCUGAGAGAGAAGAGCCAGGAGAAGGCCAGGGAGGGCGACAGGGACCGGAGACAGGGAGAGCGUGAGAGAGUCCGGGCGAAGGCCAGGCAGGACGGGGACAGGGAUCGAGGUAACAAGGACCGGGAGGCCGAGCGAGAGGCGGGGAAGGACAAGGACCGGGAACGGCGAAGAGCCAAAGGUGGAGAGCACGCUGGGGACUGCAACAGGGAGAAGAGGCGAGAGCCGGACAAGCCGGAGAAAAAGGCACGGACAAGUGUGUGUAAAUGUGGGAGUGUGCGUGUCACAGUGCGUGUGUGCAGUCCGCUCUUCCCACCUCUGCGUGGGUUCUGGGUUCAAAUUUAGGUUGUUGUGUUUGUGUGACAGAUGCUUUUCCUGGCAGUCUGUCUCGCUGGCCCAGUUUUAAAAAUUGUAAAUGUUUUUAUUCCUCAACAGCAGUUUCAGCCAUUUGCCAAGGUGUUUUUCCAUAAGCUUCCAGCCAGGCCCCACUUCGUACCCACAGAGCACACUCUGGCUAUAACUUUCGGUAGCUGUUGAAUU